UGCAUCUCUCUCUCUCGCUCUCUCUCUCGCACACACACAUGCACAUGCACUAAGACGGGAUAGAGAUGGACUAUGACAGCUACAGGGUGUUAUAACCAGAUGCUGGUGUGUGAGUGAGCGUGGAUUUAUUUAUAUAUAUAUACAUAUACCUACAUCUCUUGGCCGGACUUCAUGAGGUGUUCAGUCAUGGACAUGAGGUCGUUGUUCUUGCUGCUGCUGCUGGUGCAGUUUUCUGCUGAAGGUGCAGCAAAAGAAGGAGGCAAACCCAAGAAAGGAAAGAAAGGCAAAAAACCAGUCGUCUGUCCUUCUCAACUGUCCGCCGAAGACCUCGACCGAGUUCCUGCCAAUUCAACCAGCAACAUCCUCAACCGUCUGCUAGUGACGUACGACUCCCGAAUCCGUCCCAACUUCAAAGGUAUUCCAGUAGAGGAUAAGGUGAACAUUUUCAUCAACAGCUUUGGCUCAAUACAAGAGACUACAAUGGAUUACCGCUUGAACAUUUUCCUCCGGCAACGUUGGAACGACCCAAGGUUACGCUUGCCGACAGACUUCAAGUCGGACGCGCUGACGGUAGACCCCAAAAUGUUCCAGUGCCUGUGGAAGCCCGAUCUGUUCUUUGCCAACGAGAAGAACGCCAACUUCCAUGACGUGACGCAGGAGAACAUCCUGCUGUUCAUCUUCCGCAAUGGCGACGUGCUCAUUAGCAUGAGGUUAUCAGUGACCCUGUCAUGUCCUCUGGAUCUCACUCUUUUUCCCAUGGACACACAACUUUGCAAGAUGCAACUAGAGAGCUACGGCUACACCACCAAGGACCUGGUGUUCAUGUGGCAGUCUGGUGACCCAGUUCAGAUGGACGAGAUUGCUCUGCCGCAGUUUGAUGUCAAACAAGAGGACAUCGCUUACAGGAACUGCACCAAAUUCUACUCUGGAACAGGAUAUUACACGUGUGUGGAGGUGAUAUUCACUCUCAGGAGACAGGUGGGCUUCUACUUGAUGGGGUUUUACGCUCCCACGCUCCUCAUCGUGGUCCUCUCAUGGCUGUCUUUCUGGAUUAACCCCGAUGCCAGCGCAGCCCGCGUCCCUUUAGGUAUUCUGUCUGUCCUAUCUCUCACUUCUGAAUGUACAUCUCUGGCAUCUGAGCUGCCGAAAGUCUCCUACGUGAAGGCCAUCGAUGUCUGGAUGAUCGCCUGCCUGCUCUUCGGCUUUGGCUCUCUGGUGGAGUACGCCGUAGUUCAGGUGAUGCUGAACAGUCCCAAGCAGAUCGAGGCGGAGAAGGCGAAGAUGGCGGAGAAGGAGAAGGAGAAAGAGAAAGAGAAAGAGAAGGAAGGGAAGACGGCGUCCAAGGCCAACUCCAUCAACGGCACCGGAGGAACCCCGAUUCAUGUCAACACGCUGCAGGUGGUUGAAACCCGUUGUAAGAAAGUCUGCACCUCCAAGUCGGACCUGCGCUCUAACGACUUCAGUAUCGUCGGCUCUCUGCCGCGCGACUUUGAGCUCUCCAACUUUGACUGCUACGGGAAGCCCAUCGAGUCCUCGAACGCGCUGCUGAAAUCGCAGAACAAGAACGCUAAGAAGCCGGCGCCCCCAAAACCCGUCAUCCCGUCCGCUGCCAAACGUGUCGACCUGUAUGCUCGCGCCCUCUUCCCUUUCUCCUUUCUCUUUUUUAACGUCAUCUACUGGUCCACUUACCUGUGAAGAGCUAUGUGUGUGUGUGUGUGUGUGUGUGUGUGUGUGUGUGUGUGUGUGUGUGUGUGUGUGUGUGUGUGUGUGAUAUUGAGCAUGCAUAACUGCCAAGACAUGGUUUCCAGCUUGUACCAAGUACAAUGUCUGCUAAAUGCUGUAAAUAUUUGAGGUUCUAUUUAAUGUGGCAAAAAAAAAAAAUCAUCUCCAAAUGAGACUCAUGUGAUACCAAAAACCACAGAUAAACAGUUUAACCUCCCAAACCAAACACAGAAUAAAGCUGUGCAGUCAGGAGCUGCUUGCUGACAGUGACAACUCGAACACGAAUGCUGGAUUUGUGCAGGAGAUACUGCAUUAAAAAAAAAACACACACACAGGGGGACAAAUAAUUCAUUCAGAAAAAAGUCAGUUUCAAUCAAAUUUAUCUACAGAUCAGUUUCCUAACAUCCACACGACCGUCCUUUCAUCCCUUCAUCCUGAAAGAGACAUUAACCAUCACGAAACGUUCACCAGUUGACAGAAAGUGAUUGCACCCUUUCUAAUUGGUGAAGCACAGGAAGGGGCGGGGCUUCCAGUUGGUGACUGAGAGUCAGG